GCCGAUUGGGGCGCGGCGGCCGCCAGUCACGGUGCGGCGCGGCUGGCAUGCGGGCUGCGCGCUCCGUGCCGCGCAGCUCUGACCUACUAACACACAUCCCUCCGCGCCGUCGCAGCCGGUGCACGCUCUCGCUCGCUUCGCGUACGGGCAAGGGGGGCGACGCUGCCCGGGGCACGGCGCGGCAUAGCGCAGCGUUCUCUCCUCGCUGGAUGGUUGGCGCCCCGCCGAGCACUCAAGGUUUUUUUUUUUUCCCCAGAAGAUUCCUGUUGGCUCUACCAAAAAAAUUGGAUCUAGGCACUUUUGUUUGGAACUAUGAAACAAACAGAAGAAUGUGUGUGGAUUUAAAACUACUGUAUUUAUUAAAUUGUAGAGUGAGAAGUACUGGAGAAAUAGCUUGCUCUGUUGCUCACUGUAGAUCUACUGCGAAUUGUUUCUGAUGCAGCUGAGAAAAAUGCAGACCCUUAAAAAGGAACACGGAUCUGUUGACACAAGUAGCAAUGUGGACAAAAUCAUGGUACUUAAAUCUACUUUAGCAGAAGUGUCUGAAGAGUUGUCUACAAAUGAAGAUAUACUACUUACUGAAGCUAGUAGUGGAAAAAGCAAAUCUUCAGCUUGCCGGAGAAAGCGAGAAUUCAUUCCAGAUGAAAAGAAGGAUGCUAUGUAUUGGGAGAAAAGGCGGAAAAAUAAUGAAGCUGCCAAAAGAUCUCGUGAAAAACGACGACUGAAUGACCUUGUCUUAGAGAACAAACUAAUUGCACUGGGAGAGGAGAAUGCCACUUUGAAGGCCGAGCUGCUUUCAUUGAAGCUAAAGUUUGGUUUAAUUAGUUCUGCAUCCUAUGCCCAAGAGAUACAGAAACUCAGUAGCUCAACAACUGUGUAUUUCCAAGACUAUCAAAGUUCCAAACCAAAUAUUAACUCAUUUGUAGAUGAACAUGAACCAUCUGUAGUUGGUAGCAGUUGUAUUUCUGUCAUUAAGCAUUCUCCUCAAAGCUCUAUGUCCGAUAUGUCUGAAAUGCCAUCAGUUGAGCAUACUCAAGGAAGUCGUAUACAAAGCAACUGCAGAAGUCCUGAAAAUAAGUUCCAGAUUAUAAAACAGGAGCCCAUAGAAUUAGAGAGAGAGCCAAGAGAUGACAGAGGUUCAUACAAAGCAUCCAUAUAUCCAAACUACAUGGGAACUACCUUCAACAUGUACUCACAUUCUCCGCCUCUCUUGCAAGUCAAUAGGUCCUCCAGUAAUUCCCCUAGAACUUCAGAAACUGAUGAUGGAGUUGUUGGAAAGUCAUCUGAUGGAGAAGAUGAGCAGCAGGUUCCUAAGGGUCCAAUCCAUUCUCCAGUUGAACAUAAAAAUGUUCAUGCAACAGUUAAAGUUCCAGAAGUGAAUUCUUCUGCUUUGCCUCACAAGCUUCGAAUUAAAGCCAAAGCCAUGCAAGUUAAAGUGGAAGCAAUGGAUAAUGACUAUGAUGCCACACAGAAAUUGUCAUCACCUAUUGAUAUGUCCUCAAAAAGACAUUUUGAGCUUGAAAAACAUGGUGCACAGAACUUGGUGCAUUCUUCUCACACUCCUUUCUCAGUUCAGGUGACAAACAUCCAAGACUGGUCACUCAAACCGGAACUCUGGCAUCAAAAAGAACUCAAUGUAAAAAUUCAGAAUGGUUGCAAAACUGGAGUUGUUGAAAUAAAAGACAAUGUCUACAAUGUCUCUGAGUCUGAGAACCUGUAUUUGAAGCAGGGCAUAGCAAACUUAUCUGCAGAGGUUGCUUCACUUAAAAGACUUAUAACUACACAACAAAUUUCUGCAUCAGACUCUGGUUAAGUUACUACUGAGUAAGGCUUAUUGUUUAAAAAAUAUGUCAUUUGCAGUAGAUAAAUGUUUUGUAUUAUACUGAAUUUUCACUGGACUCAUGAUGUCAUUUCACUGUAAUGUUCAUAUAACAUCUGAUUGGUGUCUUUUCGUGCACAAAUUAUUAUGAAGACUAGAUUGUGUUAUGAUCACUAUGCCUUGUGUAUAGUCAAGUAGCCUGUACAAAGGCUGUAUAUAGUGAACUUUUCUUUUUGUUGUUCUACUAUAAAAUGUGUAAGUUACCAGUUACAAUAAAAUAUUGGUGACAAACACAGGACAUUUAUUCUAGUUGAUUUUAAGAACUUGUAAAUAAGUUGUUAAUUAAAAAAAAAAAAAGGCUUUUUCUUACACUGUGCUCAACUUCACUUACAUAUUUGGUUUUUACAGCUUAACUUAACCAAAUUACAGUUUACAACAUAUGUAAACCCUCUGGCCACGUUUUUUCCGUAACAAUUUUUUUUUAGAGGAGAAUAGAAAUGAAGUGGAUAUUUAUAAAUGAAACAGUAACAGUUCAUAGCCUUAGCCUUCUUUAAAUUAUUUGUUAGUGUAAAUUAACCAAAAAUCACAUGAAAUCUAACCCACUAAUUCUAAUAGCAACAACUUUUUUUUCACCUCCUUUCUCAAAUGAGAAUAUCCUGAAUGGUUUAUUGUGACAAACCAUUUUUUUCAAUAUUAUAACGAUGUUUUAGAUGAUAUUAGCUAUAUUGUAUUUGUGCAUCUUUUUAAGUUCUUCAAAGCCUUGCACUGAUAAAAUUGGCUACUGCCAUCAUUGUCAGAGCGUUGUUUGUGUGUGCAAGGAGUGCAGGCAUGGAAAGAAAUAUGCACAGAUGCUUUUACACAGCUUUGUCCCUCUCGUAUUCCAUGGUUCUUUUUACGACAGAGCAUGGGCCACAUUCACGUGAAGGAUAAGAUUUCUGGAUCUGUGGACUCUGUGCUCAAUUAGGCAAAUAUCUACACAGGGCAGGCAAUAGCAGUAGCAGGAUCAUAGAAGGUCAUUUGCUAUUGUAGAUCCAUUGUGGUAUAUAAUGCAAUUUUAAGAGUAAAGUAAAAAGCUUGCCACCAAUUUGGCUUCAGUUUCAAUCUCUUAAUUAACUGAACUGGAAUACCUUGGCUUAAUACAGGGCAUUUUGCAAUAAUUUCUUAAAUGUAAAAUGGUACAUGGAGAGCUGUACAACUUAGAUACUAAAGUUUAUGCAGAUUAUGAGUUCUUCUCUUGAUGACUUUGGUGUUCUUCAUCUUUGAGAAGAGACAUUGAACCAUGGAUACUAGAAUUGCAUUAUACAUCCUGUAUUUGGCUUUCCAAAGCCUUUACUUAAAAUUUAAAAGUAAGUUAUAAAUGUAACAUUGGUUUGGCAGAGGUCCUUUUCAUGAUAGUUCCACCUUCUUUUAAAGUACCAAUAAAUCAGACUAACAAAUGCUUCCUGAAAAGGCUUCUUACUACUUGCCAUGUUGUAUAAUAGAAUUUUACCAUAGACUUAAAAUACUAAUAGGUAGUGAUUUUUAAAUUCAUACUUGACUUGAGUGAGAGGAAGUUUGUCAAUUUUUUGGGGAUAUGAAAAGGAGACUUGAGUUACUCCUGAUAGCUCUGAAGCUUGGUCCAGCAGUCAAGGCAAUGGCAAAACUCUGAUGUCAGCAAGGCCAGGAUUUGAUGCCGUUAUCUUUUUAGAAGCUGAUGAUUCACAGUCAUAUUCUGGGUGGACCUUGUCACAGACAUCACUGAUACUUCUUGAGCUUUUUUUGAGCCUUCUAACUGCUGUGCUGUAUUUGUGGCAUUCAGAGCUGAUAAACUGUUAUUCUUUGUUCAUGCCUUAAUAAUACAAUAGACCCCAUAGUUGGGCUCUGUAUGUAUUUGGUAAUUAAUAUAGAUGACAUUUCAAUGUUACUGAAAAUAAGCUCAGGAUUAUUGCAUGAAAUGUAAAAAAUUGCAUUGAAUGAUGGGGAUAUGAAACAUGAGGCAGUGGUUGCUACUGGCUCUUUGCUUGCUAAGUAUCUUCUGUAAGCAACAACAGAACUCUAAGUAUUUUGCAUAUUAUUUAUCACAUGUAAUGUGUUCAAAGAGAGGACUUAAAACUCUCAGUGUUGCCAUCUGUGUAAGCCGAAAUCUUGUUUGUUUUUUUUUUCCAUUUCUUGUUACAGCUGUUUGUCAUUAUGGAAGAAUGUUGUCCUCCUUCUAGCUCAUUAUAUAUUUUGUGUAUCUGUUUUGUGCAAUUAAUACUUAACAGUAAUGAUGUAGUUAAUUUGUUGAAGGAUGUCAUUGCAAGAAAGUUAUAGCAUGGAGCUUAGGAGCACAAUCAGAUGUUAUUUAUACACCCUUUAUACCUUAGUGUUAUGCUUCAUUUGAAGAAACAAAUAAAUAAUUUGUCUUUUGUUGAAAACCAGAACUAAUCACAACAUGAUUUUUUAUUACAUUCAUUGCGUUAGUCCAACACAUGUUAGUAGGUGUUCUUUCUCCAGUUCUGCAGCUGAUGACAAAUCUUAUACUGCAGUUACUACUUCUGUGGCCAGAAUUCGGUGUAGCUUGCAUGGACUGAAAGUAGAGCAUGGGUGGUACAUACAAAGCCAGACUUUGCUACAGUUUGUCUAGAUAAAACUCAACAGAGGCAAGUGUGGUGUAGCCGGCCUGCUCAUGAAAGCCCUCAUCUUCUGUACCCAUUGUCAGCCUGCUUUUCUUCAGCAUGUGGCAUCAAGGAAGAGCUACACUGAGUGGGGGGAGGGAAAGAACACAGUGAAACCUUGGCCCCCAACUCCAACUUUCAGCUGGCAUUUAGUAUUACGCAUGAACAGAGGAGCUGGAGAAUCAAGUGGAUCUGUGUUACCGAGUCAGUCUCUAAGAAAGGGGUAUCUUUGGCUGAUCUGCUGAACUCUCCAUUAGAAGUUGGAAGGUUUGUUGGAGCAUAAAAUGGGCUUUACAUAAGUUAGAUAUAAAGUGGUAUUACAUGCUGUUAGGUUAUAAAAGCUCUUUUAAGCUUAGUGAUUAGCUGAGAAAACAUAAAAGCUGCUGAAAGUUGAAUCUUCCCAUGCAAACAAAAUAAAUUAUUAGAAAGAUGAAAAAUGACUGUAAAGUGUGCCUACACUUGGGAAUAUUAAAGAAAAUCAUGCAUGCAAAAUGGAAACUAGAGAAUUAUCAGUAUGAAUUACUAUUUUUGAUCGUGCUAGAUAAGUUUGGGUAGCCCUAAAACUUGCUGUGACAAUAAUAUUAAUGUCUUCAUGGAAAGUUUUAAAAGUGAUUGGUAAAUAACUGUUGAUUAACAAGGUAGGGUAUUUUUUCCUAGUAAUAACAACUGGUGGUUAAUCAAUACUGUGAGUUAUGAGAGUCAGCUCCUCUGUUACAUCCGCCUAAUUUUAUAAAAAAAAACCCACAGCAAUACAUUACUGUGUUCCAUCAACACCUAUAUUUUGGUAGGUACAAAGAUGAAAUGUGGAUGUACCCAUACCUACAUCAGUCUUAUACAUCGUGGUUUUCUGAAUCUCUUGAGCCUUCUGCCUUCAUUAAAAGGCAGAAGAACACAAGGGUUGGUGUGAGGUUGGUUACCGAAGGUAUCAGGGCUUCUCCCACCAAAAAUGUGGCCCAGCUUAGGUGCAUUUACACUGAUGGCAUGCACCAUGGGUAACAAACAGAAGGAGCUGGAGGCCAUUAUGCAGAUGGAAAACUAUGAUAUAGUCGCCACCAUGGAAGUGUGGUGGGAUGACUCACACAGUUGGGAGUGCUGUGACUACCAGCUUUUCAAAAGAGAUAGGCAAGGCAGGAAAGGCAGUGGUGUGGCCCUUUGUUAAGAAAAAAAUAUGUUAAGAAAAAAUGAAUGUUUGGAAAGUAAUCAUGGUGAAGAUUGGGUUGAGGGCUUAUGGGUCAGAAUCAAGAGGAAGGCCGAUGUGACUGACAUUAUUCUGGGAGUCUGCUACAGGCCACCCAACCAGGAUGAAGAGGUGAGUAA